CGCGUGGAAAUAAGACUAGCCAAGAAUUCACCCUCGGAUAAGACCACUUUAUUUCCAACUCUAUAAUUCAACUUCCGCCUGAAAAAAAGAAAAAAAAAAUACAACACCCCGUGCAAUUCGGCAUAAUCUUGAUUUAAUGGAGUGAACAGCAACUGAACUGAGAAAUUGGUCGAAACUUAUUAGGCGAAAUGGGCUCUAGCUUAUUGAUGUCUGCAGUCGCAAGUGUCAUUAGUCCAGCCAUAAAAAGAAGAAAGGUUCGCUUCUUCAGUUCUUCACAUUAUCGACCGUUGAUGCGUAGUCUUAGCCACCCUUCUCUUGCCGGAAGAAAACUAUGUGUAGUUUAUGCUACUUCAGCAGACCUUUCAUCUUGUAAUACUCAUGCUGAAGAUGAUAUGAAUUCCCUCUUUCAGAUUCUGCCCUGCGACUUACGGGACACGCUUUUGUGUGACCCCAGCCAAGAUCAACUACUCGAGGUGAUGUUAGAUUUGGGCUGUUUGCCGCAAGCGCACUACACAGAUGACUCUGGUAGGCGAUACCUCCGAAACACUGAGGUCUCUAUGGAAGAAAUACAAUUUGUCCUCAAGUCAAUUGGACAAUUUGGAGGAGAUAAUAGAGCUGGCAUUGAGGGUACUUUGCAUCGCAUUUCUGCAAUUAGGAAUAGAAAGGGGGAAGUCAUUGGUUUGACUUGCCGAGUCGGCAGGGCCAGGGGACAGAUUGACAUGGUGCGGGAUUUGCUUGAUUUUGGUGAGAGCAUUUUGUUUGUUGGACGCAGGCCUGGUGUUGGUAAAACUACAGUUGUGCGAGAGAUAUCUCGUGUCUUGUCAGAUGAACUUCAUAAAAGAGUGGUUAUUGUUGACACAAGCAAUGAAAUAGGAGGUGAUGGGGAUAUUCCGCACCCUGCAAUAGGAGGGGCAAGAAGAUUGCAGGUUCCAGACCCGUCGAUGCAGCAUCAAGUUAUGAUUGAGGCUGUGGAGAAUCACAUGCCUGAGGUGAUCAUUAUAGAUGAGAUUGGCACUGAAGCUGAAGUUCAUGCUUGCCGUACAAUUGCUGAGAGAGGAGUUAUGCUUAUUGGUACGGCUCAUGGCGAGCAGCUUGUGAAUAUUAUUAAGAAUCCUACUCUGUGUGAUCUGAUUGGAGGAGUGGUAACUGUGACUCUAAGUGAUCAGGAAGCACGAAUCAGGAAUUGCAGUAAAAGUGUUCUUGAGAGGAAAGCUCCAUCGCCCUUUCCCUUUUUGAUUGAAAUAAGGGAGAGACACUCCUGGGUUUUGCACCGGACCGAAAGAAGUGUUGAUGCUCUGCUUCGAGGGAAAAAACCGUGAGUUGAG